AUGAUCAUGAUGGUGAUGAUGUUCAAGCACACCAUGUUUAAUGACUCCCUCAUAUCAGACAAAAUCAAAGAGCUUGACAUCGAGGAAGGAUACAAGUACGUAGGGGUGCUUGAAGCAGAUUUUAUAAAGAAUAAGAUCAUAAAAGAGAAUGUUCGAAAAGAGUACAUCAGACGGGUAAAAAAGAUACUGAAGUCAAAGCUUAAUAGCAGAAAUACCAUAACUGCAAUUAUCGCAAGAGCUGUAUCAAUUAUAAGAUACACAGCAAGGAUAGUAGGCUGGAAAACAGAUGAACUCCAGUCAUUAGAUCGCAGGACAAGGAAGCUGUUGACUACAUACAAUAUGUUUCACAGCAAAGGAGAUGUAGAUCGAUUAUAUCUGCAAAGACCAGAAGGAGGAAGGGGUCUAAUAACCAUAGAAGAUUGCGUCCUAAUUGAAAAGUCCUGUCUGUACAGCUAUGUAUCUGUGAGCGAAGAAUUGCUGUUAAGGGAGAGUUUGAACGAAAGUGUGGUUGCUGUGGGUUCUGAUAAAGAAUCUGUUUUGACCAACAGAAAGAGUAGAUUUCUAGAGAAGAAACUUCACAGUGUCUUCUUCAAAGCAACCGAAUUCAGAGACGUGAAGAGUUGGGAAUGGUUGAAGAAGACUGAUGGCUAG